UUACACGUAACAAAAAUCAAAGUAUUCGUUCAAUUCGUUGCUUUUUUUAAGGGAAAUGAGAAUUAUGUUAUAGUUGUAAAAACGAUAACUUUAUAUUUGAAUUACAUUUUUCGUAACAAAAGUAAUUGUGGCAAGUAUUUAGUACCUAUUGAUUUUUCAUUUAAAUAGCCGGCGUUUCUCACAUGCGCGUUGGUUGUUAAAUAACGUUGAUUUGUCCGUUUUUCCCGGGUGCUCUAUCCUAGCCGAGUAGAUAGCUGCUAACUGCAACAUAAGCCGGAGCCUUACUAAGCGUAAACCCAAAGAAACAGCUAUGGCAUCUUAUCCGGAAGAAUCCCUGCCUGAAGGAUGGGAAGCUCGUAAAAGUCGGAGCACUGGCAUGACCUACUACUUGAAUUGCCACACUAAGAAGUCUCAAUGGGAGAAGCCCAUGGGGCCAGCUCCAUUGGUGGAUGAGGAAGAUGAAGAUAGUGGUUCACCAAACUCCGUCCAGUGCAGCCACUUGCUAGUGAAGCAUUGCGAUAGCCGUCGUCCAUCAUCGUGGCGUGAGGAGAAUAUCACGCGCUCUAAGGGAGAAGCUCUGGAGAUUCUUAACGAAUUUCGUCGCAAGAUUACGAACAAAGAGGCCACAUUUGAGGAGCUAGCCAAGAAGUUCUCUGAUUGCUCAUCAGCCAAACGUGAUGGUGAUCUAGGGCGUUUCAAGAGGGGCCAAAUGCAAAAGCCAUUUGAGGAUGUGGCUUUUACACUGAAGGUUGGCCAACUGAGCCAGCCUGUUGAUACUGAUUCUGGAGUGCAUAUUAUACUCCGAACAGCCUAAGCAUCUACUCAGAAGAUGUUUGUUUACCUACUUUAAGUCCUUCUAGCAAAUCCAGCUUUUUUACAAAAAAUACAUGAAAUCAGCUAGAAUAUUUUCGAAAAUAUAUAAAAUAUUGAAUGGAAACAAAAUCUACCUUUCUGAAAUAAGAUCUUUUACAACAUUAAUUUCAUACUCAUAGGAUUAGAUAACUAUGUAGGUACGUCUUUUAAGGAAUAAUUUUUCAAGAAGCUUUCUUUUUAUUGUCUUACAAACCUUAACUGGUGAAAGAACAUAUCGUCACUGGAAAGGCAAAAUUACGUAAGCGCCAAAAUAGGUAUUUUGGGUUUUUUAUAUAUUCGGAAUCAGCGUUUCAUUCUGCGUCGAUCUGUCUGGGUAGCAUUGCGAUACGAGCACUUUUUUGGCGCUUACGUAAAUUUGAAAAUAGUUGACUUUUUUCAAUUCCAGUUUCUUAAACGACAAGAUUUUGGUGUUUUUUUCGUGACUGGUGUAUAAGUAAUAUUGUGGUCCUAUAUAAUAACUACAUAUUAACUUUAAGUAAAUUUGGCAUUCUAUAGUUUGAAAAGUAUCAUUUUAUUAGUAAUUUUGGACUACUGAAAAUAAAAAAUAGACUAUGUAUAAGUCAUUUUUAUUUACAGCUUUUAAAAUAAGUAAGGCGUAUAAGAAAAAAAUGUCUUAGCAUGUUUAUGCAGUGAAUGGCGAAUAAGUAAUUUUGACUUACAGUAUUUAGAAUAAGUAAGCCGUGUACGUAAAUUUGCCUUCGCAUUUUUAUGCUGUUAUUAAGCAAGUUUGUGGGCUAGCAGUAAGUUUCCCAGGAAGUUAUUUUUUAACAAUAGAUCUAAAAGUAAAACUAUUUUAGAAUUGAUUUUAUAAUUUAUUAGCGACCCGGCUUCGCUCGGAUGCAAUGCUGAGGAAAAAUGAAAUUAUUUACGACAUCACAUUAAAAUCCUCAAAAAUAACAGUAUUUCUACACUAUUUAUUGGAUGUUAUUAUACAUACCUAUAAACUUUCCUCUUGAAUCACUCUACCUACUAAAGAAAAUUGCAUCAAAAUCCGUUGCGCAAUUUUAAAGAUUUAAGCGUACAUAGGGAUAUAGGGACAGAAAAAGCGACUUUGUUAUACUUUUUAAGUUCUGUCGUUUGCAUAUUUAGCGCCAAUUUUGAAUUGAGAAAUCUAAAUUCAAAUUUGUUGGAAUUUCGAAUAUCAAAACAAUUGAAAGCAUUAGGAUUAAUGCAAUUGUUUAGUCACAGCGUUGGUUUGAAUCUGUCAGAUCAUGUCCGAAAAUGAAUCUUACAAAGAAAAAUUUUCUAUAACUUUCGAAGAGGCCUACUGCGACUUCAGUGUUUCAAACAGUUAAAAUCUCUAUUCCACGAUGAAGUGCCAUGUCUGCGAGCCAUCGAACGCUGGUAUUUAGAAUUCGAGCGUGGAUAUCCGCCUUCACUGAAGAUAAUAUCGUUGCUGUGAGACAACUAAUCCUCAAAAAUCGUCAUGUGACAUACCGAGAAUAGAGGCGUUAUUAGGCAUUUCAGGGACAACCAUUUAAACGAUAUUGAAUGAGGCACUUGGUGUGAGAAAACUAGUUUGCCGUUGCAUCCCGCAUUUUCUGACGAUCAUAAGGUAGCUCGCGUCAGAUGGUGUAAGAAAACUCUUCAGAGGUUCAACCGAGGAGAGUCAAAUCACGUGUACGACAUCAUCAGUGGUGACGAAUCUUGGAUUUAUGCUAUUAUCCUGAUUCCAAACAACAAUCCACUGUUUGGGUCUUCUAAAACGAGUCAAAGCCGACUAAAGUUGUUCGCUCUCGAAGCACUUCAAAGAAGAUGGUGGCUACCUUCGUGGAGAAAAUCGGUCAUGUUGCGACAAUUGCACUUGAAGAUCGUAGGACGGUUAAUGCAGAUUGGUAUACCACAAUUUGUUUACCACAAGUCAUCGCCGAACUUCGCAGGAGUGCAGGAUGCUGCACCAUGACAACGCAAGCUCACACACCGCUCGUCAAACGAUUAUUUGAAGCAGGAAAACGUAGAAAUUCUUGACCAUCCUCCAUACAGUCCUGACCUAAGCUCCAAUGAUUUCUUUACAUUUCCUAAAAUUAAAAAAGAAACUCUUCGCGGUCAAAGGUUCCAGUGCGGUGAAGAAGCGGCCAACGCUUUCAAGUCAGCCAUUUUGAACACUUCUACUUUGGAGUGGAAUAAAUGUUAAAUAAUACCUGGUUCGAGCGAAUGGAAAAGUGUAUUAAACUUCGUGGUAAAUACUCUUAAAAACAAUAAGGGGAAUUAUUGAGGAAUUAAAAAGACUUGACCCUUCCAGAGACUUGACUCGACUUAGAGCCACGUAUGCUUGUCCUAAUUCAAACAAUUUUGAGCCCAAAUAUACUACUGCAUGGUCGACUGUGCUGCCCUGCAUAUGUUAUGUUAUGUUAGUGGGCUCUGUUUUCCGCAUUUAGACUCUAAGGUGGCCCAUUAUGCGUGUAAUUGUUGACUACGUAAGCCAACCUAUCUCCUUCCAGAAGCUCAGAAGCCUCCUGGGGAUUUCACAGGCUUCGCGGAGCGACCCCACCCAGCGAUCCACUGUGCUGCCCUGCAUAUUAUGGACGGUGGAUGACAAUGACAAAAUUAAGGGCAACAUCCUUCUUUCAGUCAUUUUGUAAUAUCGUCCAUCUUGGAUUUGAAAUUUUGACAUAAUGACAGUAUUCUACUAGUGUAGUCCUAUCUUUGAUACCCAUAUUGAGGGGGUUGUGGAAAAAUAUGUAAUCCCCCAUUAUGUACCGGCUGCCAUCUUAGAUUUAUAAUGUUAUUGAUUUUAUUAUAUUGUAUUGACAUCGGAAUUAAAGGUGCGUACCAAAUUUCAGAUCAAUCUGACAACAGGAAGGUACUUAAAUUGCAAUAUCUAAUUUUGAUACAAAUAUACCGUACGGGUUUAGCUAAAUAAAACCGUUUAACCCUUUCACGGACAGAGACCAUGGGUCAUUGGUGGUUCAUAAUAGGUAGUAUGGCACCUUGGAAUCGGAACGUCCGUAUACGUUCUGUCUUUGAAAGUGUUAAAAAGAAACUUUUACAAACAAAUAACGGGUUGUACGCUAUUAUUUAUAUUUUAUGAAACUUUAUUUCUGGCACUUCAGUAUUUUAAUAGCCAUUUUUAUAAAUCAAUUGAAGUAAUAAGUAGUUUAAAGAGGUAUUAAGAAUAAUUAUUUGUCUCUUACGUCUUUUUACCCAUGUAAGAUAUUACAAAAACUUACUUUAAAGAAUUUUUUGUGAACUGACAUAAUCAAUCGAUCACUUUGCAGGCAAUUUUUACAUAAUGAGAGCAGAUGUGUAAAAGUCGUUACAGUAACUUUUACUCCGCUAACAUUACAGUAUUAUUAUAUUUAAAGAAAUAUUGUCGUUCUCGUAUGCAUUGUCGUAAGAGCUGUAAGUAAUUUUGCUUCCAAAUAAUAUUUUAACCAGAUGGCGGUUAAGUAAAUUUGCUUUACUGUAAACUGAAGUCAUUUUUACGUAAGCGCCACUAUAUCCUAAAAUAGCAAUCCAACAGUUAUAAUAUGUAUUUCUGGACAUAGAAAAUUAAAAAACAAUGUAACCUUACUUUGACAUCAUCUAAAUUGGAUAAUUGGGUAAAAAGUUAUGAUAAAAAAACGAAAAAAUGAAACUUUAAACGGCUUUUUCUCGAAAUGGCCUUUUGGCGCUUACGUAAUUUUGCCUUUCCAGUGACGAUAUUAUUAGGUAUAUCUACUUUCUGGCAAAAAUUAUACACGAUAAACUUCAAAAAUAAUCUUGGUAAUUAGUAAUUAUAAUUAAAAGUGCUCAAAACCCAGGCUUUGUUAGUAAUUACGCUCAGCGAAUGUAGUAAGAUACUUGUGUAGCCUGCAUGCGAGUUGGCAACCUAGUCUGGCGAACAAAGUGCGACCGUCCGUAGUCAAGGCGACGGCACACCAAAAGCAGCAGCAGGUCAGAAGCAGCACGGUGGCAGUUUCUUCUAACGUGGUUCUGCAUUACAACCGCAUUCAGUUGUUACAUUUGAUUCCUUAUGAAAUAUUCUCCCACAACGUUGUUUCUGUAAUAUUUGUCUUUGAAAUCAUAUAAACAUUUAUUUUUUGGUUCUAACUCGUGUGAUGCACGCUGAACUGGGCCUCGCAGGUCCGCAGUGUAACGCACUUCAUACAGUUUCUUGUAUUACAACGUGCCCUGCCGUCUGCGCUGCUAUUGCUCUAAGUGUACCGAAGUCUUCAAAAUAUGGGCGAUAUAUGCCCGCAGCAGCGGGGAUUAAAUCGGCAACCGAGGCGAUCGGGAUUUUACUAAGGGCGCGCGAAGACAUCAUCAGUCUUUUAGCGCUUCCAAAUCGCUCGGCUGGUUUCCCAAGCAGCAUGCAUGUUGCACAAAAGUUAAUGUUAUAUACCUACCUAUUUAAUGUUGUAGUAGUUAGUAUGACUGUCUACGAAUUACAACUAUUAUUGUUCCAUUCUAUAUAAUCAAAUCAGGAAUUUAUAACUUUACGUUUGAAUAGGUGUACUGGUGUAUGUGCUACUCAUUAAUAUAAUAUUAUCCAAGGCAAGGACUUACUACGCCAGCAUUUAGAAAGUAAUAUUUUAGGUCUACUACAAAUAUACUUGAGUGGAGAUAAUAAAGAUCCGUAUGAUGAUGGAUGACAUGACUAAGAAAAGAUCCCAAGAUGAACAGAGACUUUUUUCUAAAUGUCUGCGUGUUUUGUUUGGGCGACCUGUUUAGUUUGUAAGAUUCAUAAACAAUUUGUUAAUAAGGUGUCUAUGAUAUGGAUUAUGUUUUAAUGAAAUAAAUAUUACAAAAUUAA